AUUUUUAUGAAAAAUUUUUACAUUUACUAAAAAUAUCUAAUCUUUCUGGAUUUGCAUUGAUAUAAAAAUAUAGCAUGCACUUUGCCCUGUUGCACAAAUAAUAUUCUUAUCACUGAAUAUAAAAGUGACAUCGUCGUCAGUAAUCUGUUAACAUCUACAUAUUGAAUAAUUAAACUCUACUUCAAACAAAAAUAAUGGAUAUUUCAUUUGCAUCUAAACGUAUCUUAGUUACUGGUGCUGGUCAAGGAAUCGGUAGAGAAUUAGCAUUACGUUUAUCCAAAUGUCAUGGAACAGUUAUUGCACUUUCAAAGACCAAAGAACACUUGGAAACUCUGAAAAAAGAAGACCCAAAGAUUCAAAUAAUUACUGUUGAUAUUUCCGAUUGGGAUGCCACACGGAAAGCUAUCAAAGGAGUGCUACCAAUUCAUAUGCUAGUUAAUAAUGCUGCUGUAGCUUGUCUUCAUCCAUUUUUGGAAUUAACUCAGGAACAUUUUGAUUUAACAAUGAAUGUCAAUGUGAAAGCUAUGUUCAAUAUUUCUCAAGUGGUUGCUGCAGAAAUGAUACGUCUAAAAUAUCCUGGAAGUAUCGUUAAUGUUUCUUCACAAGCAAGUACAACUGCUAUAAAAGAUCAUGCUGUUUACUGUACUUCUAAAGGAGCAGUUGAUAUGUUAACCAAAUCAAUGGCUUUAGAACUGGGUCCUCAUAAAAUUCGAGUAAAUUCUGUCAAUCCAACAGUAGUUAUGACUGCAAUGGGAAAAUUAGGAUGGGAAAAUCCUGCAAAAGCUAAAACUAUGUUAGAUCGAAUCCCACUAGGUCGAUUUGCUGAGGUGAAUGAAGUAAUAGAUGCUAUUAUUUUCUUACUGAGUGACCACAGUUCAAUGACUACUGGAGCAAUGUUGCCAGUUGAUGGUGGUUUUCUAGCAGCAUAAAUAAUAAAAAUCUUCCUAUAAGUAACGAAGAACUUGUGUUAUGUUCCAGAUGUAUUUUUAGUAUACAUAAAUAAAUCAAGAGGAUUUUAAAUAAAUGUAUGCAAUUUUUCUCCCAA